CAGCUGAUGCGCGUAUCAACCGACCGACUCCAUCAUCAGCAUCCGACGCUGACAGCGGUCGAAGACAGCAUCCCUAAUAUUACCGACCCGCGGCGGCAGCGGCAGCAGCAGCGGCGGCGGCGGAAUAAAUCCGAGCCCGGCCCGAGCAGGACCGACGCUGCUGCCUUGUGACAUUAUUGUUUUAUUGGAGCUGCCAUCUUACGAGCCGCCAAGCUGCAAAAUAGUGAGUAGCCUUUGAUGAUGGACCGCCAGGAUGCUACAAUCGUGUGUGUGCCCCCACUACCUGCAUUAGGUUGUGAUGACCCACACUACUUCCAAAUGUAUCUGUGACCCUCCCCAAUCCUGACUCCUAACCUCUAAUCCCUGACCUUUGACCCCCACUAUGGGCAGUGUUGGCAGUGGGGUGGCAGGAGAGCAGGAGUUUGCCAUGAAGUCUGUGGGCACGAGGACCACCCUGCCCCGAGCCCCUCCUCUCUCUCGCCGUUGCCCUGCCGACCGCAGCUGCAGUGCCGAGCGGCUACCCCGCCCUCCGGCGACUAUAUCAGACGGGACGGCGUCUAGCGAUGAGCGAGGGAGUGUUAGUAUCGGGACUGCGACCUGUACCGGCACCGACCGCCCCACCGAAACAGCCUCCUCCACCAACACUGAAUGUACCAUGACGGCCCCGUCCAACAACAACCAGUUGGACUGUGGCAACGGAGCGAGCAGGAGGGAGAGGGAGUGGGAGAGGGAGAGGGAGAGGCAACGAGAGAGGGGGAGAGACAGGGACCGGGACCGAGACUGGGACCGGGAGAGGUUAGAGAGGGAGCGAGAGAGGGAGAGGAACCGAGAGAGGGAGCGGGAACGAGUGGAGAGGGAGAGGCUGGAGCGAGAGAGGGAGAGAGAGAGGGAGAGGGCCAGGGAGAGGGAGAGAGAGAGGAUCGAGAGGGAGAAGAUAGAAAGAGAGAGGGAGCGAGAGCGAGAACGAGAGAGGGAGCGAGAGAGGGAGAGGCUGGAGAACGAGAGGAUGGAAAGGGAGAGAGAGCGGGAGAUGCUGGCUGCAGGUCUAGAUGUCUGUGGGAACAUUGUGGGUCGAGGAGCCGGUGAGAAGAACAGUGUUGUCAUCAUGAACCAACACCAGCACAGAGAGAUGGCGGCCGGCAGGACUGACAGUGAGAACAAUCCAGCCGGCCACAACCCUCCAAACCACAACCCGCCCAAGAUCCUGCCAGUGUCGGGGAAACUGGAGCAGGCGAUGCAGAACAACUCAGGCCUUGUUCGUCCUUCUGCCUUCAAGCCUGUGGUUCCCAAGAGCUUCCACUCCAUGCAGAACCUGGUGGGCCAGGCAGGAGGGGCUGGGAGCGAGGGCAAGACUGAGGCCAGGAGCGAAGGGUUCAGUGAGGGCAGACUAGGCAGGAGAGGCAGGGACGCAGGAGCAGGAGAGGCAGGAGAGGUCCCAGAGGCCCUGCUGCUGGACCAGGACAGCCCAGUGAGGGUCAGCAGGAGUGAGGGAGGGGGAAAUGGUAAUGAAGUGGUUCAGGGAGGGAUGUCCGAUUCAGGGAGAAACUCCCUCACUAGCCUGCCCACCUACACGGGCUCGGGGUCUGGUUGCGGGCCCCCAGCAGUCCUGGGGCCCCUGAGUGCUUCCACAAGCCACAUCAACAGGUUGGGCAUGGCUGGGGCAGCUGCAGGGCUGGACAAGCUGGAUAAACCUGGCUACCAGAACGGACUCAGCGCCUCAGACAGCGGCCGGUCCUCCUCAGGAAAGAGCUCCUCGUCCUAUCAGAGGCUGAGUCACCUGAGUGAUGCUCCUGCCCCUCUACGUCCCUCCCCCUCCUCUGAUGACAUCAUCCAGGACCUUGAGGACCGCUUGUGGGAGAAAGAACAAGAGGUGCAGCAUAUGCGCAGAAACCUGGACCAAAGUGAGGCAGCAAUCAUUCAGGUGUUUGAGGAGAAGCAACGUGUCUGGGAGCGACAGAUGGACGAGCUGCGACAGAACUAUGCUUCACGCCUGCAGCAGGUUACACGUCGUGCUCAGCGCUCCCAGACCGCCCUGCAGGCUCAGAUAACCCGUUUGUCCCAGGACAAGAGGAGGCUUCAGGAGGAGAUGGCAGCUCUGUUGGCUCAGAGAGAAGAGCUGGAGAGGAAGUGUCUGGAUUACAGGAAGGAGCAGGCUGACAUCUUGCCUCGUCUGGAGGAGACCAAGUGGGAGGUGUGCCAGAAAGCAGGCGAGAUCUCCCUGCUGAAGCAGCAGCUGAGGGAGAGUCAGGCUGAAGUGACCCAGCGAGCUGGAGAGAUGGUGGCCCUGAGAGGCCAGCUGAAGGAGCUCAACGCCCAGCUGAGGGAGCGGGAGGAGGUCAUGCUGGGCCUGAAGGACUCCUACAGCACCAAGAGUCUGGAGCUGGAGAAGUGUGAGGGAGAUCUGAGGAGAACUCUGUCCGAGGUGUCCAUUCUCAGAGAGAAGCUGGGUGUAUUUGAGGCAGAGGUGCUAAGUUUGAAGCGGGCUCUGAGUGAAGUGAGCCGAGGAGCAGAGGUUGUCGUGAGUCCUAACCUGGCUGCUGCAGGACUGUUGCCUCCAUGGGGAGCUGUUCACUGCCCACGAAACCCAACGGAGUCCUCAACCAACUCCCUCACACCCACAUCUGACACGCUGCUGAGUCUUCAGAGUGAUGAAGCCAAAGCCCAAAGGCAGGAAGCUCAGCGGCAAGAGAGGCAGCAACGUGAAGAAGCUCAGUGGCGCGACGUGCAGCAGCGGCAAGAUGCCCACAUGCAGCAGGACAUGCAAAUGCGUCAGGAUGCCCAGAUCCGACCGGAGUCCCAGCUCCGCCAGGAGGCUCACCUGCGUCACGAAACCCAAAUCCGUCAAGAGGCACAGCUGCGUCAAGAAGCGCAGCUCCGCCACGAGGCCCAAAUGCGCCAAGAGGCCCAGCUACGGCACGAGUCUCAAAUCUGCCAGGACGUGCAACUGCGUCAGGACGGCCACCAGUCGCAGCGAGGCCAGGAGGGUCACUGGGACGAAGCAGGGGAGCUGCGCAGGCAACUGGAGCAGCUGCAGGCCGCAUUACGCCUGGAGCGGCAGCAACGGGAACGUCAGGCCCUCAACUUUGACCAGGAACGGCACACCUGGCAGGACGAGAAGGAACGGGUUUUGAAAUACCAGGCACAGCUGCAGCUCAGCUACGUGGAGACGCUGCAGAAGAACCAAGCUUUGGAAAAACGCAUGAGCCAGCUGGGAGCCAAACAAACCACAACCUCCACCACCACCACUAUUACCACCACCACCACGUCCCCCACCUCCUCCAAUUCCCCACCUCCACCGCCAGCCAUCUCACCUCUGUCUCCCCAGCCCCCGCCCUCCCUCCCCGGCCCUAUCGCCCUCACCCUCUCCCCACCCUGUGAAGACCAAAAGGGCCCUCCUUCCCUCCACCAGCUUGCGCCUCCCUGGGCCGGACCCUCACGCCUGGAGAGGAUAGAGUCCACUGAGAUAUAGAGACAGACAGCUCCAUGAAACAAAUUCUCCAUCACACUCCACUCACAGCGACGAGGCCUCUCACACAAAACCACUUCAGCAUACAGCAGGAAAACGUUUCAGUCUACAAUAGAAUAAAUCAGUACAGUCUGACAUACUUUUCAAAGCAACUAUAGACACUAAACAGCAACAAAGGCCGACUGUAAAAUGCAACAUUUUCAGUAACAUGCAGAUCAUCCGAACGGGAGGUUGAUCUACAUUCAUCAUUUCAACCCCUGAAGCAGCCUUUCUCUCACUAGUUGCACACUACUACAUCCCACAUAAUCAGUGUUCAUGAAAAGUGUGCCACACUGAUGGAUGGCAGAAAAACAAAACGAUAAAUGACAAUGUUUAGAUUACAGCAUCAAUACAUGAGUCAUUUAAAUACCACGCUAGAAAAAAGGACCAAGACAAUCAGGGAUAUUGUCAGAAUUGAUCAACAAGAAUAUUAUGCGGUAUUUAUUCAUUGUAAGUCUGUGUCACUGGUUAUGUAAAAGUAGAAUUAGUGGUCAGAGUGUGUGAUGUUAACUUGCAUUUUUGGCCAGAGAGCGCCUUACUCCAUUCUUUCCAGCAUGUAUAAGAGAAUAACUAAUGCUGGGAAUAGAUGAAAAAAGAAAAACAAGAAUGAGGGUAUCAUUUUUGAAUGCUUUAACUGUAAUAUCAGCAAACCAGUUACACAACUUUGUUACACAUGACUGGACGAUUUCGUCACAUAGACUAAUUCUUGAUUCAGUUUUCAAGUCAUUACAUGCACAGGGUCCAACAUGCAUGACCCAUUUAAACAUAUUAUUGAGACCAACAGAGUUUAUAUUUUCUACAAAUUGAAUUUAAAUAGCUAUGUUUAGCAGAUAAUCAGCCCCAACCUGAUACAGAGUAAGUCUAAAGAUGCAGGAGAACCUGGUUCGCCUUCACUUCAGAUUUUCUGUAGUGACUAAAAAUGAACACUAGGGGUCAUUAGAUAGCUUUCGCAGCGCUCCUAACUCCAAAAUUAUCCAACUGCAAGGAUGUGAAUGGAAGCACACAAUUUGAAUUUGGUUAUUAUGAUAAUUGUGUCAUUUGCUUUGCGCAUUCACAGCCAAGAAAUCUGAGAAAGCAAGUCGGUAUCCCCAAAGUUAAAAAAUUUUAUAGAAUGUAUGAUAUACUAGAAGGAAAUACUUAUAAUAGUUAUAGAUUGUAAAUGUGUGCGAGAGAGUGCGCGAGCGAGCGUGUGCAUGUGUGUAUACAUAUGAAAAGCUUCAGCUUAUGAGAUUGAGGAUAGAGGGACUAGUGGCAAUACAGCAAGUGAAGAUAUAUUAAGAGCAAAUGGAUUUUUUUCUGUAAGUACAAUGAAAUGUACAUCAAAGCUUGUGAGGCUGAAAUUUCCAAACCGAGGGAGUGUGUAUAUCCUGGAAAAAAAUCUUACUUUCUUCUGUAUAGUUCAUUUAGACAAAGCAGGAGAGAAGGAAGUUUUGAAAAAAAAAAUCAGAAAAGUGGAGAGUCUGCCUCUUUUAAAGGAGCAUUCAGGCUAACUGCACUAUGUAGUGUCCUACACACAAGUUAUGAUGUACAGUAGACUCAGAUGUGAAUAUCAUGGCUUUUAUAUGUGUUGUUUAUGCCAGCAUACAAAGAUGUUGCUCAAGAAUAUUAAAUUAUCUCUAAGGUAUUACAUAGUAUUAUCAUCUUUAUUACUGUUAUUAUAUUAUGGUGAACUGACAGACAAAAUAUGUGCCAUUUGAGCUUUCCUUUAUGUGUUUUUUUUUAACUGUGUAGAUAGCCUAUUGGCCUACCAUAAUGGUGCAAUCAUAGCAACCCUGUCCAAAAAUGAUGUUCCUUUUGAUGUAGGUGAUAAAUGUAGUUACAGUAUUGCAUUGUUUAGAGAACAAAAUGCUACUGAUUUUAUACAUGUUUCAGAUUUAUUGUUUGCAUUUAUGUUACUAGUACUGCUCUGGCUUGAUUAAAACCACCCCUUUGUUAAAAUUCAGCAGAAAUAAUAAAGAUAUGUGAAUAAUUCAGA